AUGGAAAGGGGGGCGCGCCCGGAUGCAUUGGACAUCAGCAAUCGUUCCCCGCUUGCGCUUGCGGCCGCCGCGGGCUACGUCGACAGCGUGCGGCUGCUGCUAUUGGCCAGUGCAACCAAGCGGGUGUUGGAUGAGCCGGCAAUCACCACUUGUAUGGACACGCGCGGGCGCACACCGCUGCUCUUUGCCGCCAGCCGCGGCCACUCGGCGGUGGUGAAGCUGCUGCUUGAGCAUGGCAUUGUGGACCGCUUGCCAGACCUGCAGGGCCGCACCCCGGCCGACCUCGCUCGCCUCAACGGCCACAGCGCCGUCGCAAAAAUGCUCAACGAGGGUGCCACCGUCAAGGCACGCCCUUCCCAUCACCAAGAUUGA